GUUUUCAAGGAAAAGUUCAGUCAGGGAGUCAGGGCAGAUAAUUUAUUUUUUAGUUCUUUUUGUCCCAUUUAAACGUAUUUUGUAUAUUCUCAACGAAGAAUAGAUUUAGCAACCUGCCGUAACAAUGACCAGCGCGAACUUUGACGUGAACAAAUACAAAACUUUCUACGAGUGUGACGAGCACUGGGAACUGCGAAAGCUAUUUAUGGAGCGCCAUAAGGAUCGUUUCACGGAAGACGAGCUGGUCUGUCUGGCUCAGGUUUUUACCAACGUGGAAUUUUUAGGUUGUCGAUACCCUGCCGAAACGAUGACACUGAUCGCCGAACUAUCGAAGGAUGUUGCCGCCGAGUUUCGACAGUCUCGACAGAACAAGCUGAAACGGACCUUCGUCGCUGCGUCGGACGCGGCCGCUGCCAGAUACAGCAAGAAGUAAAUGGGCGGUCGUGUGAUGUUUGGAUUAGUGAAUAAUCGAUUGCUUAAAUACUGCACAUUUAUUUUUAAUCAUUCAAAUUUGUAUUGAAUUCAAUGAUUCUAGGAUAAUUUAGUGACAUAUUUUAUAUAGAGCAUCAGCUUUCUAAAAUAAAAAUAUAUGAUGAAAAGAUUUUUUUUCUUUUAUCAACGCUUAA